AUGAGUUCACCUACUUAUUCCAUUGCCGACUCGGAAGAGAUCCCUUGUCUUACUGACGAGGUGCGUUUCGUCUCCGUGAACGGCAGAACUCAUGAAUUCCGAGUCCACGUGAAUCUGGGCUAUUUAGUCCACGUAGUGGACAAAUAUGAAAGAAUGGCGGUUGUAUGCCGUCAUCAUAUUUAUGACAGCUACUUCGAAAUGAUGGAUAUUCUCGUGGAACUGAAGAAUGCAGCAGCUACUGUUCUUCAAGCUAUUCGUUCUAAUUUUAUUGACAGAGAGCUCCAAAUGUGGUCUCUCCCUACUGAUCCUGAGGCUCUAACAGCCUUCGUAGAUGCAAAAAUCAGUGAUUUUCGCGCACUGCUACAGAAAGAUCUGGCCAAAUACCAGGAACGCACUCAAAAAAUCGGGGAGCUGUUUGCCGCGCUGAAUAAUUUGUGA